AUGUUCAUCUCCGAUUAUCGCAUAAUCCUGAAAACUUGCGGUACGACAAGGCUAUUACACACUAUCGGACGGCUUCUUCAUCUUGCUAAGCUAUACAGUAACCUGAGCAGUGUUGUCAGCGUCUUCUAUUCGCGCAAGAAUUUCAUGCGUCCCGAGAAGCAGCCUUAUCCGCACUCCUCUUUUGACAGUGAAAUCGACUUCCUUGAAAGUUAUUUCACAGGAGGUUUCGCAUAUUGCCUGGGGCCAGUGAAUCAGGAUCGCUGGUUUCUAUAUACGAUGGUGGCGCCGCAAGCCGCACUGCCUUAUCCGGAUCACACACUUGAAAUUCUUAUGACCGAAAUACCCGAUGAAGUAGUGGCUCUGUUCAGUCGGAACGUUUGCUUGGAUGGCGCGGAUUGCAGGAUGGUUGUUCUUAUCCACUGA